UUCUCAAUCUAAUUUUAGAUCUAUCCUUUCUAAUUUGCUUGCUUUAAAUUAUUUCCAAAAAUUCUCCAUUCGAGAAUUUUCGGUUGAAAAUUUGUUAUUUUGGCUUGAUAUUGAACUUUUCGCUGCUGGAACUUGUGAUAUAGAAGAUAAUUACUUUGAAGAUCAACAAAGUGUCAUCAUUCAUGCAAAAUAUAUCUAUUUAACUUAUAUAGGUUCAAAUGCUCCUUUACAAGUUAAUCUUAGUGAUGAGAUAAGAAAAGAUAUCACUUGGCCAUUGGAGGAUGAUUGUAUAGUGGAAAGAAAUAUGUUUGAUGAAGCUCAAGAAGCUGUUUAUCAAUUAAUGAAAGGUCAUUCUUUUACGCGGUUUGAACAAAGUCCUGAAUGGAAAGAAUGUGAAAAUAUAAAGAUGACUGAUCGUGAAAUGACUGAACCACUUGGUUGUUAUUUCCGUCCAAAUAUGUCAUUAAUGCUCGCCAUCACCAUGGCACUUGAUGAUAAUUGUAAUCCUGCUCCAAUUUCUCAUCAUUAUAAAGAACAAACUUUACAUUCCAUUCUUUCUCAAUAUUUUCCAGAAACUAUUCUUCUUGAUAACAAUGGAAAAAGGAGAGAUUAUUGUGAUAUUAAACAUAAAAAUUCGAGUGAAACUAUAUCUUUAAAUG